UACCUUUUCUGCUUGUAUUUAUGGUGCUUUUCUUAUAUUCUGUGGCGGCAGAUGGUGCUGGUGGUAAAGGAACGUGGGGCAAACUUCUUGAUACCGAUUCAAAUUCACCCUGUGAUCGAAAGGAUCCAAAUUAUGACAGUGGCGAGGAACCUUAUGACUUAGUUGGCACUGCUGUGCCUGCCUCUGUCGAUGAGUAUAAAAGGUUCAUAGUGCCUAUCAUUGAGGAAUAUUUCAGCACUGGUGAUGUGGACUUUGCAGCUUCUGAUCUCAGAGAUCUUGGUUCCAAUGAGUACCAUCACUACUUCGUUAAAAAACUCAUUUCAGCUGCAAUGGAUAGGCAUGACAAAGAGAAAGAAAUGGCAUCAGUUCUGCUUUCUGCUCUUUAUGCCGAUGUGAUAAGCUCAGAUCAGAUCAGUCGUGGGUUUCUCAUUCUCCUGGAAUCCGCUGAUGAUUUGGCAGUCGAUAUACUAAAUGCAGUUGACAUCUUGGCUCUCUUCGUUGCACGAGCAGUUGUUGAUGACAUAUUGCCACCCGCCUUCCUUAAAAUAGCUAAGGGGUCACUUGCUGAGUCCUCGAAAGGACUUGAAAUAAUACAAACGGCCGAAAAGACUUAUCUAUCUGCUCCUCACCAUGCUGAGCUAGUGGAACGACGAUGGGGUGGAAGCACACAUAUCACUGUUGAAGAAAUGAAGAAAAAGAUUGCAGAUCUGUUGAGGGAAUAUGUUGAAAGUGGAGAUACAGUGGAGGCCUGUAGGUGUAUCAGAGAAUUAGGCGUCUCAUUUUUCCAUCACGAAGUUGUGAAACGAGCUCUAGUUCUUGCCAUGGAGAUCCGAACAUCGAAACCCUUAAUACUAAAGCUCUUGAAGGGUGCUUCUGAUGAAGGCCUGAUCAGUUCUAGCCAAAUGACAAAGGGUUUCUCCCGGCUUUCUGAUAGUCUCGAUGAUCUCUCUCUUGAUAUUCCCUCGGCAAAAUCUUUGUUUGAAUCGUUGGUGACCAAAGCUAUAUCUGAAGGAUGGCUCGAUUCUUCCUUUCUCAAUCCCUCAGUUGGAGAUGGAGACUUAAAAGACAACGAAGAAUACGAGAAGGUGAAGCGGUACAAAGAAGAAGCCGUGACAAUAAUUCAUGAGUACUUUCUUUCUGACGACAUACCCGAGCUCAUCCAUAACCUCGAAGAACUUGCUUCUCCACAGUACAACUCUCUUUUCCUCAAAAAACUUAUAACACUAGCUAUGGACCGGAAGAACAGAGAGAAGGAAAUGGCAUCGGUUCUAUUAUCAGCGCUGACAAUGGAGACCUUCUCUACUGAUGAUAUUGUGAAUGGAUUCAUAUUGCUACUAGAAUCAGCAGAAGACACUGCCUUAGACAUCAAAGAUGCCUCAGAUGAGUUGGCUUUAUUUUUAGCAAGAGCAGUGAUUGAUGAUGUCAUAGCUCCAUUGAAUUUAGGGGAAAUCACAAGUAAACUACCACCAAAUUGUUGCGGUAGCAAAACUGUUCGAAUGGCAAGAACCCUAGUUUCAGCUCGACACGCAGGAGAGAGGCUUCUUAGAUGCUGGGGAGGUGGGAGUGGAUGGGCUGUCGAUGAUGCAAAGGACAAGAUAACAAAGCUUCUAGAAGAGUACGAGUGCGGCGGAGAUUUAGGCGAGGCUUGUCAAUGCAUUCGAGACCUUGGAAUGCCAUUUUUCAACCAUGAAGUUGUGAAGAAAGCUUUGGUGAUGGCGAUGGAGAAGAAGAGCGACGAGAGGAUUCUGGAGCUGCUUCAGCAGUGUUUUGGCGAGGGGUUGAUCACCAUCAACCAGAUGACUAAGGGGUUCUCCAGGGUUAAGGAUGGGAUCGAUGAUUUGGCUCUCGACAUCCCUGAUGCCAAGGAGAAGUUUCAGAGUUAUGUAGAGGAGUAUGGUAAGAAAAAGGGUUGGUUAUUACCCUCAUUUUUGGAAGGUUAGCCAACCGUCGACGCAGUCACAAGUUAGAAGGUAAGCCAACCGUUGACGCAAGCGCAAGUUAGAAAGAAGCAGAAGUAGUUUGUGCAGUAGAAAUGGGAGGAAGAAAGCAGUAUGGGUUGCUUUCUUAAUUGGAGAUCAACAUAUGCAGAUAUUUUUUCUUUUUCUUUUUUCCCCGUUCCUUCGUUUACCAUAAUGCUCUUUUACUUUGGUGUAGUAUAAGGGAAAAAAUAUGACUGUAAUAUUGUAGAUAACUGGACUAUUACCUGGACUCUCAGUUUAAUAGAGGUUGCAGUGUGAAUAUUUGCGAGUUUGGCUGCA